AUGACGGCGAUUCGUCGUCUUCUUCCUCCUCUUCAUCUGGAUCCAAGAAAAAGAAGAAGAGUAAAAAGAGCUCUUCGUCGGACGGUGGCGAUAGCGGCUCAAGCUCGUCCGAUAGCGGAUCCUCUUCUAACGGGGACCGGUCUUCCUCUGGCAGCGGCGACGGAGGUGGUGACGGAGGUUCGUCAGGCGACGGAGGAAGUGACGGAAAAAGUGUCCAAGAAAGUGACGGAGAUGGGGGAGGGGGCGGCGGAGGAGACGGAGGAGGGAGCGACGGAGGAGACGGAGGCUCGCUCGUCGCAUUCGAAAGGUUCGUCGCAUUCGAAAAAGUCUUCUUCUGAUGGCGAUAAUGGCGACGGGGGAGGCGACGGAGGUGGCGACGGGGGCGGCGACGGAGGCGACGGGGGCGACGGUGGUGGCGGCGACGGGGGUGGUGACGGAGGCGGCGACGGAGGCGGCGACGGUGGUGACAGCGGUGAUGGUGGUGGUGAUGGCGGCGACGGCGGCGACGGAGGUGACGGAGGUGGCGACGGAGGUGACGGAGGUGGCGACGGAGGCGACGGAGGUGGCGACGAAGGCGACGGAGGUGGCGACGGUGGUGAUGGUGGCGGCGACGGCGGCGACGGAGGUGGUGACGGGGGCGGCGAUGGGGAUGGUGGUGAUGGCGGCGACGGCGAGGGAUCAGGGUCUACCGAAGGUUCAGGUGACGACGGCGAUUACUCCGAUAUGAAUGCUCGGGAGAAGCGGAGUGUUGACGACAGUAACGGGGAUGACAGUAACGGGGAUGACAGCUACGACGAUUAUAGCGGGGAUGGAGGUGACUAUAACAGCGAUUCCUCUGGAGACGGAGGGGACGAGUACAGUGAUGGAGAUUCUAGCGACGACGACUAUAGCGAGGGCGACGGUAGCGAGGGUGACUAUAACGAAGGCGACUACCCAGAUGACGGAAGCACGGAGGGAGAUGGGGACCGGAGGCAAAGGGGUUCAUCCAACGGCUCAGGAUCAAGCAGGCGGAAGAAAGGACGGAGGGGAUCGAGCCGUAAAGGGAAGCACGGAAAGAAGGGGAAGCACGGGAAGAAAAAGGGCGACUCGUCGCCGCCAAUCGCGAGCGAUCCGGCCGCCAACUUACCUCCCGUUACAAUCGUUCCCCCGUUCACGGUCAAAACCCCCCCGGUAAUAUCAUUCCCGCCGAAGAUCACCAAUCCGAAACCGGUUGACCCGUCACCAGCACCCCCAGUGGGCCCCCUCAUACCCGAUAAUGUCAACCCGUUACCAUUCGAUCUCAUCCCCGUUCCGCAACGAACAACCACCGACUCGUUUACGCUAAACCCUUUUAAAGGCAGAGUCGCGAGUUUCCCAUUAGAGCCCAGUCGAAAGGACCCAAAAGCGAGCUUGAUAAAAAAGCCAAAACCGCCAGUGGCAAAGCCGAAAGUGCCGACUCUCCCGCCCAAACCGAAGGUGCCGACGCUGCCGCCCGCACCGACACCGAAGGUGCAGAUUCCGCCAACGACGCCGCCGAAUGCGGGAGCAGUGGACCCGUCCGAUCCGAACAACCCGUUUGCGAGUCCGUUUGACCCGCCGCCCGGCGCGAAUGGCCCGUUGACUCCGACUGACCCGAUUGACCCGCUGAAUCCGCCGUCGCCGUCGCCGCCGGUGGUUGCUCCCAAGCCUUCCCCGCCUCCUGAUGAUGGUGCCGGCAUUCCCAACACCACCGUCCCGCAAAUGCUCCCCGAUUCCUACAACGCCUCAGCCAUCAUCAAGCCGAAAACCACCACCACCACAACCGCCCCUCCCUCUCCCCCGAACGACUCGGGAGUCAACACUCUGAUGGUCGUGCUCAUGGUGACGAUUCCCCUGGGAGCAGCAGCGGUGAUUACAAUGGGUAUGCUGGGGUGGAGUCAGUACAAGAAGUGGAGCAUGAACGCCCAAGGCCCUGCCACUGCCGGGGGACCAGGGGGUGGGGGUGGGUCUGCUGGGUUUGGUGGUGGGUACGAGACACUAGGAGGAGGGCCGUUUGGACGGUGA